CCUCAUUUCUGUAAAUUCAGUCGUAGAGAGAGACGGUGUGUUCGUCUAGUGAGAGAAGAUGCAGAUAUUUGUGAAAACCCUAACCGGUAAGACAAUAACUCUUGAGGUAGAGAGCAGUGACACCAUCGACAAUGUGAAGGCCAAGAUUCAAGACAAGGAAGGUAUUCCACCGGACCAGCAAAGAUUGAUAUUCGCCGGAAAGCAACUCGAAGAUGGCCGAACUCUCGCCGACUACAACAUCCAGAAAGAAUCGACCCUCCAUCUUGUGUUGAGGCUUAGAGGAGGGAUCAUAGAACCUUCUUUGAUGGCUUUGGCUCGGAAAUACAAUCAAGACAAGAUGAUAUGCAGGAAAUGCUAUGCCCGUCUGCAUCCAAGGGCUGUGAACUGCAGGAAGAAGAAGUGUGGUCACAGCAAUCAGCUGCGGCCUAAGAAGAAGAUUAAGUGAACCUUUGUGGACUCUUGUUUUUUGCAUUUUGAAGUGGAGCUGAACCAUUGGAUUUGUACUAAACAAGCUACAUAUGUUUUAAUUACAAUGGAUGCUGUACCUCUAAUAUGUUGCACUACCCCUUUAUUUGCAUUCUGCAGCAUUUAGAAGAUUGUAAUGGGAAUGGCAUCGAAUUCCAUAUGUGUGUCUUUUUAAUCAAUGUCAGUGGAUUUGUUCGUAAA